CCUCUGGGGCAUUAGUCCCUGGCUCAGGGGUUCCCAAGGCCUCCUUUCUCCCACAGCUCAUGGCUCCCCACCCUCCCUUCCAUACUGGGUGGGGCACAAAUACAGAACAGUGUCUUCUGAAUGCUGCCCGAGCCCUGGUCAGCUGUCAGCUGCCACGUUGUCUUGGGUCACAAAAGUCCAAGAGGCCUCCUGGGCAUGUGUCACCUUCCAGCGUGGAGUCACACUGGGGAGGGAGGUGGGGAGGGCAGCCUGGUGGGGGUUUAAAUGUCUGGCUGGCUCUGAGGUUCAGUCAGUUCGGACAACAGCACUGGUGAGCUGCCUGAGAGCCUCUCUUCUGGCCCCCUUGACUCCAGGAAGGAUCCAGUGCAGCACGAGGCUCUUCCAGCCCAGCGAGAAGCCCAGGAUGUUCCUGAAGGCUGUGGUCUUGACCCUGUCCCUGGUGGCUGUCACUGGUGCCCAGGCUGAGGUCAGUGCCAACCAGGUGGCCACGGUGGUGUGGGACUACUUUAGUCAGCUGAGCAACAAUGCCAAGGAAGCCGUGGAACAUCUCCAGAAGUCUGAGCUCACCCAGCAGCUCAAUGCCCUCUUCCAGGACAAGAUUGGGCAAGUGAACACCUACACCGAUAACCUGCAGAAGAAGCUGGUGCCCUUUGCCACGGAGCUGCACGAACGCCUGCGCAAAGACUCUGAGAAGCUGAAGGAGGAGAUUCGGAAGGAGCUGGAGGAGCUGCGGGCCCGGCUGCUGCCCCACGCCGACGAGGUGAGCCGGAAGAUCGGGGACAACAUGCACGAGCUGCAGCAGCGCCUCGGGCCCUACGCAGAGGAGCUGCGCACCCAGGUCAACACUCACGCCGAGCGUCUGCGGAACCAGCUGACGGCCCAUGCGCAGCGCAUGGAGACCACGCUGCGCCAGAACGUGGACAACCUGCAGGCCUCCCUGACACCCUACGCCGAUGAGUUGAAGGCCAAGAUCGACCAGAACGUUGAAGAGCUCAAGGGGCACCUCACGCCCUAUGCCGAUGAGCUCAAGGUCAAGAUCGACCAGAACGUGGAGGACCUGCGCCGCAGCCUGGCUCCCUAUGCGCAGGACGUCCAGGAGAAGCUCAACCACCAGCUCGAGGGGCUGGCCUUCCAGAUGAAGAAGAACGCCGAGGAGCUGAAGGCCAAGAUCUCGGCCAACGCCGAUGAGCUGCGGCAGAAGCUGGUGCCCGUGGCCGAGGUCGUGCGUGGCAAGCUGAGGGACAACACCGAGGAGCUGCAGAAGUCGCUGGCCGAGCUGAGCAGCCACCUGGACCGGCAGGUGGAGGAGUUCCGGCGCAACGUGGGGCCCUACGGCGAGACCUUCAACAAAGCUCUGCUGCAGCAGGUGGAGGAACUGAGGCAGAAGCUGGGCCCCUAUGCAGGGGAUGUGGAAGACCACCUGAGCUUCCUGGAGAAGGAUCUGAGGGACAAGGUCAACUCUUUUUUCAGCACCCUCGAGGAGAAAGAGAACCAGGACAUGCUUGUGGCCGUCCCCGAACCGCAGCUGACCCCAGUCCCUUUAGAGAGCUGAGCUGUCCCUGGUGCUCACGCCCUCCCAUGGACACCUGCCCUGCCUGGCCACCUGUCUGUCUGUCUGUCCCAAGGCAGUUCUGGUACACGCUUGAGGACACAUGUCCAGUGGAAAAUGACACUACCUCUCACUACUUAAUAAAGCUGCUAAGAAACUA